AAGUUGACAAAAGUUAACAAAAAAAUACAAAAUUAGACGUGCGUGAACAAAAAAGUAAACAACUAGCUAUUUGGCGCAUGGUAAUAUUCCUAGAAUGCAAGUUUUGUAAUCGAUUUAUGUAUCUAUUAAGUGCUUUUUAAACAAAAUAUUGAUCGAUUUACAUAGGUUUGAGCUUUUUGUUGUUCAUGUGUAGAUUUUUGAUGCUGCCACGAGAAAAGCUCUUUUUUUGCAGUUGACAAGCAGUUUUAACAAAGUUGUUUUUUUUUCAACAUUUUAUCACCUCCGUGGCCUCGCGCCAAAAGACUAAACCCUUCAGUGUAAAUGCGGCUUGUUAUAAGCUGACCGAUUCUGUUGAAAGCAGCGUCGAAUGACAAGCGAGGAAAAAAAAACAAAACAAGAUCACACGCCGGCAAAAUGUUAGCCCGCUACGGCAACUUUCUGAAACAGCUUCACUGUGCUGGUGUAUCGCUAAGAUAUCUGUCUACGUACACCUGCAAAGAUGGAGUGGGCACCAUUCUGCUAGACAAUGAGAAAACGCGCAAUUCGCUUUCGUUGGAAAUGAUGAACAGUAUUCAAAGGAAUAUUGUUGAAAAUCAGCACGAUACGGAACUGCGGUGUAUCGUGCUGGCAGCGAAGGGUCGUGUAUUUUCAGCCGGGCAUAACCUCAAGGAAUUGACUGCCGAGCGUGGAUCGGAACAUCAUAAGCAAGUGUUUCACAAAUGUUCCGAGCUGAUAAGCGCCAUUCAGUCGGCGCCCGUUCCAGUCAUUGCAAAAGUUGACGGAUUAGCGGCGGCUGCUGGAUGCCAGCUUGUUGCGUCCUGUGAUAUGGCUGUUUGCAGUGAUAGUAGCACUUUUUCAACGCCUGGGGCCAGCUUUGGUAUAUUUUGCUCAACUCCGGGAAUUGCUGUGGUGCGUGCCGUUCCGCGUAUGAGAGCUGCUUACAUGCUAUUCACUGGGCUGCCAAUCACGGCACAUGAAGCUCUACAGGCUGGACUUGUAAGUAAAGUUGUUCCUCAAGAACAGUUGAACGGAGAGGUAAGCAACAUUUGUAAGGCCAUUGCAUCGAAAAGCCGUGCUGUGAUUACACUAGGAAAGACGUUCUUUUACAAACAAAUAUCGCUAGACGUUGGUGCAGCUUACGAACUCGGUGAGCAAAUUAUGGUUGAUAAUCUAGCAACGGUUGAUGGCCGUGAGGGAAUUAAGAGUUUUGUAGAAAAGCGUAGUCCUAAAUGGACGCACAGGGAAUAAGCCAAUAGAGCCGCAUUGCGACUAUUUCGAUGCAUUUACUAGAACGAUAGAAGAUGUUUGUUUAGAAUCAGCGAGAAUUCCAAUCACGGGUUAGUCCGAGAUUUAUUCUCAUUGCAAGUACCAUUGCAUUGUAAUUAAAUGGGUUUUAAGAACUUCGUCUACGGCCAGUCCCAGUACUAAAGCUAUUCGAAUUUAAACGCAUUGUUAAUGACCCUGUGGUAUUUCUUUAUCUGAACGUUAAACAAAAGAUGUAGGGCUGAACUUUAACUUAACUUUAUAACUUUAGGAAAAAUAUUGAAUAUUUUGAAACAUUUAUUUCUUUCCUAAAACAUGUAUUACUUUUUUACAUAGAAACUUGAGAAUUAUGUUUAUUUUUCUGUCUCGUUGAAAUCUGUCAGUGGCAAAUGCACCUGAAAGAAACAACCAUUCCAAAUCGUCUAAUUAAAUAUCAGUAUAAUGUGUAAUUAUAUGAUCGUUCUGUCUGUAUUGCAAAAUAUAGUGUGUUAGUUAUUUUCUGUAUAGAGCAGCAUUGA